AAUUAAUACAUUUUUAAUCUGGGUAAUACAUUAUCGGUUCUUUACUUCUGAUAUAUACAUCAAUGCGAAUUUCAUUGACAGGUAUCAACCAUGAGUCAGAAACAAGCUAAUGGACCGGCAUUUAAAGCACCACCGAAGAAUUUCUUCACAAAAAAUCGGGUCAUGGUUGUGAUGAGUAUAGCUUUAGUGGGAAUUCACACAAGUUGGUAUUUUCUUCAACAAAACCCAGUCUUUGUACCUCCUAAGGAUAAAGCUACUGAAUUGAAACAAGCGACUGAACCCAAACCCACAUAUCUUAAAUCAAAGAAAUCAACGAAAGAAGCCAGUACAGUUUAAGCUAAUAAGUAACUUGUAUCAGUAAUUGUUUAUUUAAUUCGUUUGAGAUGAAUCAACUUCCUGAAAAUGCUUCCUCUGGAAUAGCUGUGUCACCAUCACAGCAAUCAAUAGUUAAAGUUCAGUCUCUUGAAGAUCCAGAAAUUCUGCAUUCUAUAAAUUUAUUUAAAGACAUUCUUUUGUCCUGCUAUGGCCCACACGGACAAAUAAAAAUAAUUCAGAAUAAUUCUGGUGGACAAGUAACCAUGACCUCUUUAUCGAGCACUUUAUUUCACUGCAUUUCUCUGAGUAGUCCAGUAUUGUCUCUGGUGAAAGCAGCGGUUCAAAAUCACCUUUCUAGGUUCAGUGAUGGUGGUUUGUUGACAGCUAUACUCUCCAUGUCGCUGAUCAGCAAAUGUCUAGAGUCAAAGGUACCAAGGCUGAUAUGUACGAAUGUUAAUGAGUACAUUCUGAAACAAAUAGAGGAUUAUCUUCAGGUAUCUGAGUGUGAAUGCAAAGUGCAGAUAGAUUUCACCAGUGUCCCUACUAUGAUGAAGAUCAUUAGGAGUGUCAUUGCAAGUAAACCUGCUUGUUGCCUUUUAUCAAAUGAGACAAAUUUGGUCAGUAGCCUGGUUUUACAAGCAUAUCUACAGACCUUAUCAAUGAAUGAUGUAGGAGGCAGCACUGCACGACUUGGGAGGGUUGAAUACGUCAUUGUAGAUGGACCACCAGUGUCAGAUUCCCAGUUAUUCCCAGGUGUCUUAUUUGAAGCUCCACAUCUUCCUACUUAUAGAACUAGUAUAAAUAAAUCCAAAAGAGUAGAAGCAGGUCUGGAGAAAGGUCUCAUUAAAGUGGUAUUAUAUAACACAUCUAUGUCCGGUGAUAGCGAGGAGUUAAUGGAUGUGAGAUAUGAAGUCACACAAGACAUGGUUGCUAGUGAGGUAGUGCUACAGAAGUUGAUGCAAGUGUCGGAGUAUUUAGUACAUCAUGGUGUUGGGUUAGUAGCCUGUCAGAAAGUGAUUCAUCCAGCAAUCAAGAAGUAUUUCAAGCAACAUAAUGUGCUGGCAAUUGAUAGAUUAUCUCUCACACAUAUUGGUGCUGUACAAACUCUUACAGGUGCAAAGUUGUUAGGUACAUUGCAUUCCGCUAUCAAUGCUGCUGAUUUUGGUUACCUUACUGAUGUGAACCAUAAAGUACUGUUUAAUAAGAGUUACAUUCAUAUGGAAUCACCUUCUGCCGCUGUGGUUACCAUAGUAAUAUGCAAUCGAAAUGAACAGGCGUUACAAGAACUCAAGUGUACUAAACAGUUUCCUGACUGA